ACUGUUACUGUUCCACUCUCUCACUCUCGUUUUGUUCACACGUUUUUCAUGAAUCCUUACGUCGCGGAACAAAUAGUUAAUAAGAAAUUGCGAACGCGAAGUGAAGAAUAAUAAUUGAAUCUGUUUGAUUCUAGUUUUCGUGUCUAGUUCGCAGCUUUUCACAGAAAUUUGGAGAAACCAUCAGAUCCUACUGUAUAUCUUUGGCUAUCAGGUCAAAAGCCUUAUAGUGGUGGAAGAUUUUUUGUUAAAAAAAAAAAAUACGCGGGAAAACUGACAAGUUUGUUUUUGGUAUAUAUUAAUUUCCAGCUUUCAAUACCAUCACGAUUGUUUUUGAAAAGUAAAUAUUAAGUGAUAUCAUAAUGAAAUUAGCUAUCCCUGAGAUUUCCUGGCACAAUAGAGAUCCUGUUCUCAGUGUAGACUUCCAACCUAAAUCGGAACCGAACGAUCCACUUCGUCUUGCUACUGGAGGCACUGAUUCUCACGUAUUAAUAUGGUACAUCUCUACCAAAGACUCUGGGUCUGUAAACUUGGAAAUGGCAGCAGAUCUUACAAAGCACCAGAAAGCGGUGAAUGUGGUGCGGUGGUCGCCGAGUGGCCAAUACUUGGCAUCAGGUGAUGAUGAGUCCAUCAUAUUUGUGUGGAAACAGAAGACUGAGGAACCUGCUCCUGCUUUGGAAGGUGAAGAACAGUAUAAAGAGACUUGGGUUAUACAUAAGAUCCUCCGUGGGCACAUGGAAGACAUCCUCGACCUUAGCUGGAACAGCACAUCCACGCAGCUGGCAUCCGGCUCCGUGGACAACAAGCUGUUGGUGUGGGAUAUCGCGCGAGGCCGCCACAGCGCCAUCCUCAGCGAUCACAAGGGCUUCGUGCAGGGCGUGGCGUGGGAUCCUCGGGGACAGCUAAUUGCCUCUGCCAGCACUGACAGGGUGUUCCGCACAUUUGAUGUGUCAACAAAGAAGGUGGUAUCCCGCAGCAGCAAGGCCGUGCUUCCCUUCCCCAAGCAGCACCCGCUGCACGGGACCAGCGUGCGCCUCUACCACGACGACACGCUGCAGACCUACUACCGGAGGCUGCACUUCAGCCCCGAUGGACUUCUGAUUGCUGUUCCGGCGGGCAGCAUCGAGCCGGAGCAGGGCAAGGUGGACAUGAAACCCAUCAACGCCGUCUACAUCUACACCAGAUACUCGCUCAAAGUGCCCGCGUGCGUGCUGCCGUGCGCCGCGGCCGCGCUGGUGGCGCGCUGGUCGCCGCGCCGGUACGCCGCGCGCCGCGCCGGGCCACGCGCCGCGCUGGCCGCGCCCGCCCGCAUGCUGCUGGCCGUGGCCACCAAGCGCUCGCUGCUCAUCUACGACACGCAGCAGCGCACGCCGCUGGCGCUCGUCACCAACAUGCACUACACCAGGCUCACAGACCUGACAUGGUCACCUGAUGGACUUAUCCUGGUGGCCUCCAGCACAGACGGCUUUUGUUCUGUGGUGUCGUUUGCUGAUGGAGAGCUUGGGGAAGUGUUACCUGAAGAAGUCGCAGAACCUUGUCCAGAACCAGCGACAGGCACCGAGGACCAACAAAACGAUAAAGAAUCCACAGAUGAUGUUAAAGAGAUCAAAACCAAAAUAGAAACUAAACAGACAACUCAUAACAUAUCAAAAAUAGAUUCAUUUAUUAAAUUCAAGACGCCAAGUAGUGGUAAAUCCCCUAAAAAAGCUAAAAUCGAAAGCGUUCAGCAAAAAACACCAGUAAAAUACGAUAUAUUAGUCGAAACAGCUAUGCAGUCUUGGUCGGAUAAUUCCAGCAACGAUGUCAUCAAGCCAAAGGAAAGUGAACCUAUGGACGUAGACAAGAAUGACGACAUCAUGAUAAUAGAGGACAGUGAGGAUAUAAAACUAAUUUACGAAGAAACCGAAACUAAAACAGACGCACCAUCACCAAAACAAAUUAAAUUGGAUGAAAAAUCACCAAACAUUACGGAUGAGUCUUCACUAGAAUUUAAGUCUAUCUCAAAAGAAAAUAAAAAAGAUUCAAAUGUGAAAAAAAUCGAAAGUAAAUCUGAAACAAAACAUAUUGGAACAAAAUCUGAAUCAAUAGAAAUUAAACGUACAACUGAAUCAACAACUACUGUUAAAAAUGAAAAAGGAAUCGAAAGUAAAAUAAACGAAACACCUUCAAAAUGUAUGUCUCCCAAACAAUGUGAAACACCAAGUUUAAAGCAAAACGAGAGUACUUUUAUGAAACAAGCUAAAGUGACAGACAUGCAAGAGGCAGGAACGGUCAAAGCCGCGCCCAGUCCUAAAGCGCCCAGACGAGUGAGCUUUGUAACGUUAUCAAGUCCUAAGAAUAGCAAGAAAAAAUGUUAAUAGUGUAAAAAAGGAAAACUGCUAUUGAAUAUUGCAAAGGUUUACAAUUAGGCGUAAAAUAUUUGUUAGACGAAUGAUUGUAAAGGUGCUUUCGAGGAGUCUUCUUGAGUAUGGAAAUACUUGAACAUCAGACUAAAAUAAGUUUUAAUUGAAUUGUAUUAAAGCUCAAAUUUGCCUACAAUCCCUUUAGCUCGUGCUAGUGCUCGUGAAAGAACGUUUUUAAAAUAAUAAUCAGGAUUCCGAUUGACUGAUUGUUAGGUUCAUUUUACUUUGGCGAUACAGAAUUUAUAUGAAAUUUGAGAACGACUCUCGGCUCGAUAGCGAGCGAACAAAUCUUGUACUAAAAAACUGUAAUCUUUAAAACUAAUUAAUCGUAUAACGUCUAAUAAAACCGCCAAGUGAAUUUAUCAGGACACACAAAAAACACUACUAUGCAACAAUUUUAUAGGUAAUAAACCCAUCUAUAUUGUUUAGAUUUUUUUUAAAUAUUUGACAUUAUAGAGGUUUUUCAUCUGGUUUGUGUAUAAAAUGAUGUUUAUUGUAUUUCCUCUUAAACUGUGCUAAUUUGAAUUGUGCAUAUCGUUUAGCCAUGCUUUAAAAAGAGCCAAGCUUGGGUUACGGUCAAUUUUUUCGACAGGCUUUCAGUAGCUGUUUUGGGGGGUACUUAGUCUCGGAAUCUAUAGUUUUAUUUUUAUAGAUGUGACCUUUAAGAUAUAACUUUGGCCAUAUUCAUCGGUUAUAUCAAAAGCAAAUAUUAAAAAGUUUGUUAUACUGUGCAAAAGUUGACUUUUGUACAUUCGUAACAUUUUGUACAUAGAUGUUCUAUGUCUAUGCAUAGAUUAAUCAAAAAUAAUAAUUCUUAAAUCACAUUUGUCCAGUUCUAGGUUUGUAUUAUGUAAAAGGCGAGGGCUUGGUCGAGGCUAGCCACUAGUUUUCAAAUACUUUCUGCACAUUGACGUAGGAUAGCGUCGUCAAUCAAACGACGUAAAUAAAAGGUAAACAUUUUUAAUAAAUAUUUACAAUUUAA